AGUGGAUUGGUGUUUGGUUCAGUUUGGAUUUUGAUUGUGUUAUAAGAAAUUAUUGAAGUGCCAAAAAAAAUUAAAAGUGUACCUUUUCGAGGAGUUUCAUAAUGUCGUACAGUUUCAAAUCACAUCGUGCGGAAAGCCCGACUUCGCGUCAAGAAUCGGAAAUGGCUGAGAGAAAAUUAAGAGAAUUAGUUGCCGCUGGUAAUAUUGGAGAUCCUGUGGAACGCCUCCGAUUGCUGUGUCUUUCCAGAGGAGCCACAGGGAUUUUACAUUUGGGAAGAAUAUUAAGAUUGAUGGACAAUCACGGUAGCAGAAAUUUGAGCCGUAGAGAAUUCCUACACGGUCUCAAAGAAGUAGGUUUAGAAUUAUCAGAAGACGAGACCAAAGAAGUAUUCCAUAGAUUCGAUACAAAUGGAGAUGGUAGCGUUAACAUCGAUGAAUUCUUACUAAGCAUCAGACCGCCGCUGAGUGACUCUAGAUUAACAAUCAUAGACAAAGCGUUUUGUAAAAUGGACCAUACGGGCGAUGGUUUAAUAACGAUGGAUCACUUGAAACAUUUUUACAAUGUAAAGGCCAGUCCUCGCUAUCAGGCCGGUGAAGAUAGCGAAGAAUCUAUCUUGUUAAAAUUUUUAGCGAAUUUUGAAAAAGAUACAGAACGGGAUGGAAAGGUUACCAAAGAAGAAUUCCUAAAUUACUAUUCUGCGAUUAGUGCUUCCAUUGAUAACGAUUGCUAUUUCGAUUUGAUGAUGAGGCAGUUCUACAAGCUUUAGACGUGCACAGGCAGCUUUCCUCACUAAAACUAAGUUACCCUAAGAUUAGUUUCUUGUAGAACGAAUUAAAACAAAUUUACGUUCUCAUUAUUCUGUUUUAACCACUGAACUAUAACCGUUACAAUGGAAUGCUAUUAUUUCUAAUAGCAAAAAAUGAGCAGUUUUGAUUUUGCG